AUGGCCAACAUCUUGCCCUCCCAUGUGGCAGAGGUUUUCAAGCAACGGCGACGCCAGGAUCAGCUUUACUACGAGAACAUUUCCAAGGUGGCUGUGAUGUUCGCCGUACUCGAUCAUACGUCGCUGGAGACCGUGGGACUUCGAGUCCUGCAUGAGAUCAUUGGCUUCUUCGACGAUCUUUUGGCCAAAUACCAGGGAAACCACAAAGUGGAGAAGAUCAAGGUGAUUGGUUGGACUUAUAUGGCGUGCUGUGGUCUCGACGUGGAGGACUACACAGAUUUUUCUGUGAGCAUUCAAGAGGGCUUAAUCGAAGAAAAUGAGGAUGUGGAAAGGCCAGAAGAGCCUAGUGAGAGAAACGUUCGCUUUGCUUCAAUAUUGGAGGAACAGGACCCAGCCUGGAGUAGUCAGAUUAAUGCCGAAAACGUAGUCCUGACUAUGACAGAAUUCGCCUUCGACCUGUUUCGAAUCAUAGAAGAGAUUGGGGCGGUAGAACAAGGCUCAUCUUAUUCCCCGUUGCGACUCAAAAUUGGGAUCGCCCAUGGCCCUGUUAUGGCCGGUGUGGUGGGACUCUCGAAGCCGCAUUAUGACAUCUGGGGUCAUGCUGUGAACAUGGCCUCCCGAAUGGCAAGCACGGGAGUACAGGGCAGGAUUCAAGUGCCUCGUAAGACCGCCAAAGUCUUGCGGGCGUUCAACAUUCAUUGCGAGUAUAGGGGUCCGACCCCAGUAAAGGGCGUGGGUGAUGUUCCCACCUACCUUGUGGCUCUGGAGCAAGACAAGAGCGAAACGCAAUCUGACACUCCGCGAUUCUCUAAUGAACCAUUUCAGAACGUAGAAUUCUUCACUCAAUCUUCUACCGACAAAACGCCAGACAUUCAUGAGUAG